GUUUUGACUUACCUAUUAACGCUGCAACAGUUUCUGAAACCCUUAUUAUCUAUUUAUACCGGUGACCGGUCUAAUGGUUAUGUUCUGUUUUCCAUCGUUCUGUGUCAAAAUUUGUUCAUUUGUUGUUCACCGAAUUUUUUGUAUACAUAACUAUUCAACUUUUGUCCCAAUGAUUUGUAUGUAAUAUUAGGUGGAUUAUGUUUAUUUUAUUGCAGACAAUACUAUAGCAAACAAUGUGCUGGUGCUUACUGUAUUAUGUGGGACCCCAGCCCCUGAAAAGUUCACAGAAACUUUGUAGACUGUGGUUCCUUUCAACAACUGCAUAGAAGUUAUACUAUAACCACUAUUCAGAAGAAAAAUAUCAUUUCACAAUGGAUAUUAAACAAGAAGACAAAAUGAAUGAACAAGUGUUCAUAAAACAGGAACCAGAGGAUUUUCUAGAAGCUGAUUUAUCUGCAAGUGAAGCAAAACUGGAGAGCACUGAGCAGGAAAAACUUGAAGUGAAAAAUGUAAAACUAGAACCUGGCACAGGAGACCUGGAGUUACAAAAUAAAGAGCAGUAUAAUCUAAAUGUAGUAUGUAUGGAUACCAGUGAGGAGAAACCAGUUGUAAUUAAAAUUGAGAACACUGAGCUGGAAGAGUAUAUGGAUACUGCAGAAUUUGUGAAUCCUUCAAAAUUAGCAGCUGAACUGCAGAUUAAAAGUGAACAUGAUCAUUGCAUGGAGGGAGCAUCUAAUCCAGCAUUGAGCAGUAUCCUAGAAAAUAAGUGCCAGCGUAACUUUAAAGGACAGAAAAAAAGGAUCUCAUACAGCUGCUUUUUUUGUCAAUUUACAGUUCACUCUAAGAAUAAAUUAAAAGAACAUUUAAGGGCACAUCAGUGCUAUACUUGUAGUAAAUGUUUUAAAACGUUCAGGAAAAAAGUGUCAUUUGAUAAUCAUAUACUCAAGAAACAUCUCAGUUUGAGAGGAUUAAUUAAUGCAACUAUACAUAGCUGUCCAAGAUGUCCAUUCAAAACUAGAGAAUAUCAUACCCUAUCUGCACAUAUGAGAGUCAAACAUUCUGAAGUGGGUACCAAUAGCUUAGCUUGCGCACAUUGUAAUGUCGUAUUUCCAAGAAAACGGCCACUAGAUGAACAUAUGCUUAGAAAACAUCCAGAAUAUAUUAAAUCCGUUACUAGCAAGAUACAUGAAUGUACAUUGUGUUCAUAUAAAACUACCAAAAAGUAUGACUUCAACAGACAUCAGUUAACACAUCCAGAGACGUCUGAUCUUUAUGUAGCACCCCGCAUAUGUAUUCAUUGUGAGGCUCAGUUUGGUACAACAUACUUACUAGAAUGCCACAUUGUUAAAAAGCAUCCUGAUUUUUCUGCAACUGUAACAUGUAAAGUCUACGAAUGUACUAAAUGUUCAUACAAAACCGCAAGGCAAAGUUGUUAUGCUACACAUCUUUUGAAACAUCCUGAGACGAGGAGUAGUAACAUAUUAAGUACUUGUCGACAUUGCAAUGAAACGUUUUCUGAUAAACUUACACUGGAUAACCACAUACUUAGGGUACAUCCGGAAUUCAUUUCAGAAGUAACUAGUCGAAUGUUUGAAUGUACGCAGUGCCCAUACAAAACCACUAGAAAAUCUAGUUUUGAUACCCAUAAGUUGACACAUCCAGAGACGGCAAACAGUGCUAUGUUGAAAGCUUGUUCGUAUUGUGAUGCCAAAUUUAAAGGCAAGCAAGCACUUGAUAGCCAUGUUAUUAGAAAACACCCUGACUUUGGUGCUUCAAUUACUAGGAAAGUAUACAACUGCAACUAUUGCUCGUAUAGAGCUAUAAAGAAAUUGGAUUUUGCGAGGCACAUAAAAAAGGCACAUCCUGAAAAAGCUCCUAGCUUGGAGGUGACUCAUAAUGUGAAACCUAGAGCGCUAACUGGCCCACGUGUUCAGUGCGUGUUUUGUAAUGGUAAAUUCGCUGAUAAAAUGUCGGUAGACGACCAUGUUUUGAGAAGACACCCAGAGUUCGCAUCAACAAUCACAAGCUUGAUACAUGAAUGUACAGAGUGUAACUAUAAAACUACCAGGAAAGGUUCUUUAACGCUACAUGUGCCGACACACUCUAGAUAUGAGUGUGACAAAUGCGAAUUCAGGACGACCACUCAAGAGAGAUUAGCUAAGCAUUCAGCGCUGCAUUUACAAAAGGACGGUUAUAGACAUAAGACAUGUCCAUUGUGUAAUUCGGUGUUUAAAAGUAAGAGAGCACUAGACAACCAUACAAUUAAGAAACACCCCGAAAACAUAAAUUCAGUCACCAGCACAGUAUACCAAUGCUCAGAAUGCUCAUACCAAGCUACUACGAAAAAUGCUGUUAAUAUACAUUUCAGAUCGCAUGUGGAUAAGGCUAGCCGUGGGACUUUACAAUGUCCGCAUUGUAAUGUUGCGCCAUUUACCGAGCAAAUGUCUUUCGAUAAUCACAUAUUAAAAAGACAUCCAAAUUUUAUUUCUACCAUUAAAUCUAAAAUAUAUGAAUGUACUCAAUGUGGUUUUAAAACUGUCAGAAAGAGGAACUUGACGUCGCAUAUGGUGAAGCAUUCCGAGGUAUCCCAAUAGACUUUUGUAUAUCUGUUGUAUGGGUCGGACUUAGAUCACCUUUUGGGAUGGGUUAGACAGAAGCAAAUUUCCAGUUUUCUGGGAAGUUGCCGGAUUCGUAAGAUAUCUGGAAGAGAAGCGAAAGAACUGGUGCAAGCUCCGCUGCGCACCUCUUCAAUACAACGGCAGGAAUCAAGUCCGGAUGAGAAGCUUUGUUGAUGUCGAAAGACAGGAGCACCCGUCUUACGGCUUAUGCAUGAAUGUUACUUACACCAUAAUGUAGAAAACCCUUUGAAUUGACGGCACUAGAGCGUUGGCCAUGAUGGAGUUGACAGCAAAGAUUUGGCAAGCACUUCCGCCUUAGCUUUUGAGUCUGUUCGUAGUUCGAUCAUAACACUAAGCGGUGGAAGGCGCAGCGACGUUUUAAUCAGGGGGAAACGCAUAGCAACCCUCUGUCGCAUGACUCGGUGUACUUCACAUUCUUUUAUUCACGCUUUAAUGAAACCUGAAUUAUAAUCAUCUACAAAAAUUAAAUUGAUCUAUGUACUAUACCAAGCAACAAUGCCUAGUUUCCCCCUUCCUCAGAUACUCUUAGAGCCCUUUCAGACGAGGAUACCGUAUGCGAGAUACGCGUAUCCGAGAUACAGAUAUUCCAUACACCCAAAUCGAACCUUUCAAACAGCACUAGCGACGCAUUCAGUAUCCCGAACGCAAAUUUCGGUAUCGCUCAUCUUUCGGCCGCCGGCGACAGAAUGCGUAUGCCGCAUACAGAAUUAUCAUUAUAUUAUACGGAGCUGUUCAGACACGCAUAGUUUUUCAUCAGUGAAUACGGUAGAACAUAGUCGUUGGGUUUUUCUUAUGUUAGUAGUAAAUGAGGUUAAGAAUUUAAUUGGACGUUAAUGUAAUACGUAUAUGUAUAUAGAAAUGGAACGUGCAGUCUUUGAUAAUGAAAAGUUUAUAAGUUUGGUGGAACCAAAUCCCUGUUUAUGGGAUACAGCGCACCCAGAUUAUUGCGAUAGAAAUAAGAAACAGCAACGCUGGGUGGAAAUUGCCAAACAAAUGUGCGACAAUUUUGAGGAGAUGACAGCAGCACAACAGAAUGAAUAUGGUAAGACAUUAAACAUAAUUUUAUUUUAAAUACAUAUUAGACUAUUAUAAGUAAGUAGUGCAGGCUAAAAAGUUUACAUAUGGGAUUAUUUUCAUUAAAAUUUAUUGUCCCAAAAAUACUUAGUUCCUAUAGAUAGAUUUUACUAUAUUUUAGUUAAAACUAAAACACAAUCUAAUUUAGACAUAAGAAACGAAUAUUUCAGAAAUAUUAGGAAUAAAAAUAAAUUUCAAAAUUUCAACAGCACUAGUUCACAUGAUACAACUAUUCUGCCAUGGUAAUAUAUCAGUAUUCAUGAAAUAGUCAGCAAAAUAGUCACGAUUAGCAGUCGCUGAUCUUGCAACAUUAGCAUCAUAAAAUCCUUGGACGGAUAAGGCAUCUUCAUGUUUAUAUCCAUCUAGUACACGAACAAAAUUAUGGAGUACAGUACAAGCUUUAUCUAUGUCAACAGCAAAAUCUAUUGACACGUUGAGUGGUCUGUGAAAUAUUCUCCACUUGUUAGAAAGUAUUCCAAAAGUACACUCAAUAUAUCUUCGUGCUCGAGUUAACCGGUAAUUAUGUAUUAUCUUUUUUAAUGUCAGAUUUUUUCCACUAUAUGGCCUCAUAACAUUGAAGGAUAAACCAAAUGCUUCGUCUCCAACAAUAACAUAUGGGAUUUUGUAAUCAUUCUUUUGUGGCAAAAAAUCUGGAUUGGGAAGAUCUAGCUUUUUUGAGCUUAAGUUCUUAUAAAAAUGUGAAUUCGUAAAAAUGCUUGAAUCACUGUUUUUCCCAUAAUCUCCAAUAUCUACAAAUGUGAAGCAAUAAUUCGCGUCACAUAUCGCCAGUAGUUGUAUUGAAAAAAAAAUGUUUAUAGUUAAAAUAAAGAGAACCACUAUGUUGUGGUUUUAUAACCCGGAUAUGUUUUCCGUCUAUGGCACCCAAACAGUGUGGAUAAUUUGCAUUUUUCAAAAAACCGUCUGCGAUUUCUAACCAUUUUUCUCGUGUGGGCUUUGGUAUACAUUGUUCUUUCAUAAAUAUCCAAAUUAGCUUGCAUGUUUCCUGAAUUAUUUCGCUUGCUGUUGAAAUUCCAACUCUGUAGUUAUAAUGUAGCUCAGUAAGGGAGCAACCAGUCGCCAGGUACCUGAAAAUAAUUAAAAAAAACUUGUUGAAUUUUUCAGGGAAAGAUCUUCAAAAAAAAAUGGAAGAAUUUAAGAAAUUCUUUUGCUCGAGAGUUGGCGAAAAGAAAAAAGAAAAAAAGUGGUGACGGAGCUUCUUGGAAAACUCAUAUAUUUUUUGAACAGCUAUCUUUUUUGAUGCGAUGCUCUUCAAAUAGAGAGUAAGAAAAUUUAACUUGUCAAAAUAUGAACUACUAAAUUAAUAGAUUUGUUUUAGGACCACUUCAAAUUUUACAGAGGAAAAUCAUACAAUCGAAGAAGCUUCGGAUCAUGAACAAAAUGAGCAUGUUACUCCUUUAAGGCCUAUACAUGUACAGAAAAAAAGGAAAGUGGCAUCGGAAACCGACCAUAACACUGAGAUAGUGGGCCUAUUAAAGGCAAAUCUUGCACAGCGACAAACAAACGAUAUUAUGCUAGACAAUGACGGAGACCGACAUUUCCUUCUUUCGCUACUGCCGGACUUUAGAAGAGUGCCAAUUGACAAAAAGAUGGAUGUGAAAUUGGCAAUGAUACAAUCGAUAAAAUCUGCCCUAUUACCCACUCAAUCUGCAUUUAAUUACAACCAUGUACAACAUUUGCCGUUUUAUCCAUCCGCUCCUAAUCCCCCUUCUACACAACAUCUUCCUAUUCAUAAGUCAUCAUCUUCACAAGUGCACGUUUAUGGUCACCCUUCUUCCACUCAUUCUCAUUUAUCUCCCCAUUCGUCAUCCAACACUUCAUUCAUUGAGUUACAAUGUUCAUCCAAUGAAAGAACAGACACUGUUCCCAUCCUCUCACCCCAUUCCGUUGAAUCAACUGCCACCUCAACAGACGGAUCCAUCAUCGAUCUUCUUGUUGAUUACCAAGGCUAAGACCAAAAUUGUGGAGCUGAUAAUUAAUUAUUAUUUUUCUUGUACUACUUUAAAUACAAAUAGAUUUAGAAAAAAAACAUCUAUAAGUAUUUUUUCCUUACCUUAAUGUCAUAGAUAGUCGUUCUUUUGACGAAAUACUUCUACGCAUAGUUGUGUCCUUUUUAAUUAGUUUGUUUUCCAAAAUAUUAUGAAGUUUCUCAAAGGACUGAAUAGACAUUCGAUAAUAAUUGAAAAACUUCGAUGGAUCUUGCAACAAAUCUUCAUGUAAUAAAUUAUACGUUCCUUUGCUUUCUCUUAAUCCCAACAUGGGAUGAACCCACAAACUACGUCUCCUUUUUAGUUUCUUCUUCUUAUUAUUUAAUAAAUACCACACCGCGAUACACUCUUCUAUUUCCAUAAUUACAACUGCACUACACUGCGUCUGUUUUGCGUAUAACAAGGCGGUAUGCGAUACAGAAGUAAAAAAGUAUCCGGUCGUAAUUCUGUAUCUCGGAUACUGUAUCUCGCAUACGGUAUCCGCGUCUGAAAGGGCUCUUAUAUUUUGUUUGCUCUUCUGAUUUUUUCGUCCUUUAUCAAAACUGUCAGAUUUGAUUAACGUGUAUUAGACAGUGGCCUUAGAACAUCAUUUAUGAGGUUUUGUGGCUAGCUAAGCGAUUGGAUGCCUAUGGUAUAAACAUGACCAGUGACUAAUGGGCAAAGGUCCCAUGGACCGCCCAGACACAAACAACGAAUGGUGUGAACUAACAUUCACUGAAUAUGAACAUAACAUCUUAACCUAAGCAUACUCCAAACUGCGUGAAGGUUAAGUUGUAUGCGAGUGAACAGUUUUACAGUUUUGAUUUGGUUUGUUUUAUGUAAUGUUUCCUAAACAUAAGGUAAUUUUCUGAGCGAUCAAGAAUAUUUUUCCUGUAUAACCACUUGUUUAGGAAAUAUGUGGUAUUAUCACCAGUAUGUCUUUUAGACAAUGUUACUUUUUUAAGUUGAGCAAGGUAUCUAAGUUAAUAUUUAUGUUUUUAGAUUUAGACUUCUAUACAUACACUUUGCAUUAUAUUGGAUUACAU